AUGUUGGAGCCCCAGUCAGAGGGCGUAAGCCUCGCCACAUAUUCCAAGGCCAACGUAUUGAUAUUUGGACUUAUCAUCUUCAGCCUUGUACUCCUCCUGUUCAAGCAAGCGUUUGUGACGGAUAUCGGGAAAAUAAAAGGAAUACCAGAACUUCCCGGCGCGAGGCCGUUCAUCGGCCAUCUGCACCUUCACGGAGGAGCAAGUGGAGUAAAUGACGGUGUCCUUUGGAUGAAAUGGGGCGAGAAGUUGAGAACGGGGUUGUUGCAAGUCAAAUAUGGCACCAGGCGAAUUGUGGUUGCCAACUCUUUCGGCAUGGUUCGAGAGCUCUUUGUGCGAAACUCGAACCAAACAUCAGGGAGGCCUGGUCAAUAUAUUUUCAAACAUUUUGUCGGCUUUGAUCUCGGCACACAUAGCCUCAACGAACCAUUUAAGAGACAGCGCAUGGCCGCCUUGAGAUCUGCCUUACCUAAGAAAUGGCCGUCAUACUACUCCAUGCUAUCUAGAGAAGGUUUUGAAUUAGUGCAGACAAUCACGCAUGAUGGUGAAUUCGGAGACAAGCCGUUGUUCGUGUUGGAACUCUUUCGGAAGAUCAGCUUGAACUUGGCCUUCCAACUGACGUUUGGCAAGCGUUUCAGGGAUGCUAAUGAUCCUUGGCUGAGAGAGUAUAUAUCGUAUGCGAAGACAAUCACGUCGGUUCGCGGAGGUUCGAAUACAUGGGUUGACUUUGUCCCACUGUUGCGGUUAUGGCCCAAUUCACUCAAAGAUGCCUUGAGAGCCAAGAAUGCUUCCAAAAACCGGGACAGAAUGAUUGCAGAAGUGGUUUUGGAACUUCAGAGUAAGAUUGAUCAAGGCCAAGAAGUGAAUUGUGUUGCAUCAUCAGUCUUGCAGGAUAAGGAAGCUGGACUCAGCCUGAAGGAGGCUAUAAAAUGCAGUAUGUCGAUGCUCCAAGGAGGACUGGAAACCAUUCCGUCACACAUUUUUGCUGGACUUGGAGGCUUGCUGUCUAAGGAAGGUCUCCAGAUGCAGCAACGGGCUUAUAAGGAGAUCCAGCAGAUCUAUGCUACAGAUGAAGAUGCCCUCGAAAAAUGCUUUCAAGAAGAAAAGGUCCCUUAUUUAGUCGCUAUAUACAAGGAGAUGUUGCGAUAUUACACCAUCGUGCCAUUCUCACUUCCACGAGAGACUACGGCGACGGUCAGAUUGAAGAAUGAAGACGGAGUUGAAGUUGAGAUUCCGGCUGGGACCUACGUCUACAUGAACGCUGAAGCUGGGAACCACGAUACCGCUCGUUUUGGCCCCGAUGCUCAUAUAUUCAAGCCUGACAGGUGGUUGGAUGAUGCAGCAAUCAAUGGACCGGGAAUGCCGCAUUACUCUUACGGUGUUGGCUCGCGAACAUGCCCUGCGUGGCAGAUCAGCAAUCGGAUCAUAUACGGGUUGCUAUUACGGUUGAUUUUGACAUUUGAGAUGCAUCCUGAUGAAGCCCUGCCGCCUCCAAAGGAUUAUCUGACCUAUGGGGCAACACCUCAAGGAGUGGCAAAUGCACCCAAGCCUUUCAAUAUCAGAUUUGUUCCAAGGAACAAGGAGGCUCUUGCGAAGCAGCUCGACGAGGAAGGUCGAAGAUACGGUAACUAGAAUCUCUUGACAAUAUGAAG